AUGAUUCUGCUGAAGGUGAAUCGAAUGUAAACACCGUGAAGGUGUUAUGUAAGGGGGAACAUCACGUUUACCACACCCCCACACACCCCCCCUUCCCCGGAAGGAGCCCACAGCAGCCUCCUUCAUCAUCCUCACUGCAGCUGUGGUCUUUACGAGACACUGACCAGUCAGGAAUGUCAUGAAGAGGGAGCUUUUCGCCAAUCCUCCUGAACCUGCAGAGCUCUAGAGCUGCUGGAGAUCCCUCUGCCCUGACAGCUCUCCGCCAGUAGGCGUAUGGGCAGCAGAUGGAGGGGAUAUGAAGGGCUGAGGCGAGCCAAAACCUGACCACUGAAGCUCCAUUGUGUAACGCACUCCAGUACCGCAGCCUGCUGGAGAGCCUGGACGAUGUAGAACCCGGAGGAACUUCUCUUUCGAGAGACGCUGCAUCGCAGCAGCAAUGAAGCUCCCAGUCUGGGCUUUCUCAGCAGCCGCGAGCGAGUGCCUGCUGCGUUAGCGACUGGCGCAUUUUAGCGAUUUUUAAACUCGUUGUCGAGCGCAUUUUUUCUCCCAUCUGAAGAUGAAAUUUCCAACGGAAAACCCCAGGAAGCCAGGGACCAACCUCGGACCACCUCCAGUGGCAGUGCAGACCAACCUGGUUCCACCGAAGAAGGUCCAGCCAGGGAUGCUGCAGUCCAGCCUGGUGCAGGCCAGCGUGGCCACCAUGCAGAACCCAAUGGGCUGCGCCGUACCUCGUCUGUCAGUGUCUCGGCCGGCCAGCAUGGUGGCCAGCAUGGAGGCGGUGGCCGACGGCUCAGCACUGCUGACCGUCAUGAAAUGGAAGACAGUGCUGGCCGUGUUUGUGGUGGUGGUGGCCUAUCUAGUCGCUGGUGGCCUGGCUUUCCGAGCACUGGAGCAGCCGUUCGAGAGUAACCAGAAGGACACCAUCACUGCAGAGAAGGCCGCCUUUCUGCAGAAGCAUCCUUGCGUCACGCCCGUUGAGCUGGAGGAGCUCAUCAAGCACUCUAUAGAUGCCUUCAGUGCUGGAGUCAGUCCCAUAGGAGACACCACCUACAACUUCAGCUACUGGGACCUGGGCAGUGCCUUCUUCUUCGCUGGGACGGUCAUCACCACCAUAGGCUAUGGUAACAUUGCCCCGAGCACGGAGGGUGGCAAGAUCUUCUGUAUCCUCUAUGCGAUUUUUGGCAUCCCUCUUUUCGGCUUCCUGCUGGCUGGCGUCGGGGACCAGCUGGGGACCAUCUUUGUGAAGACCAUCGCCAAAGUGGAGAAAAUGUUCAGGCGUAAACACAACCAGAUCAGUCAGACGAAGAUUCGUGUGGCCUCCACUCUCCUCUUCAUCCUGGCUGGCUGCAUCGUCUUCGUCACCAUCCCUGCUGUCAUCUUCAAACACAUAGAGGGCUGGACGGCACUGGAGGCCAUUUAUUUCGUGGUUAUCACACUGACGACUGUGGGCAUUGGAGAUUAUGUUGCAGGAGGUAACAGAAGAAUAGAGUAUUAUAAAUGGUACAAGCCACUGGUCUGGUUCUGGAUCCUGGUUGGUUUGGCCUAUUUCGCUGCCGUCCUGAGCAUGAUCGGAGACUGGCUGAGAGUCCUCUCCAAGAAGACAAAGGAGGAGGUUGGGGAGUUUAAAGCCCAUGCAGCUGAGUGGAAAGCGAAUGUGAGGGCGGAGUUCAGGGAGACAAGGCGUCGGCUCAGCGUUGAAGUUCACGACAAACUGCAACGAGCGGCCACAAUCCGCAGCAUGGAGCGCCGACAGCUCGGACUGGACCAACGAGCUCAUUCCCUGGACAUGCUGUCCCCUGAGAGAAGAGCAGCCUUCAACAGCCUGGACACCAACCACUUCAAGACCUCCUCACAGGAGAGCAUCGACAUCAAGCUGAACAACCUGCGCCUGCGGGUGGAGCAGAGCGAACACCGGCGCAGUGAUCCCAACCAGGCCUCAUCUGAGGAUAACAUCUUUAACCGGCUGAGCUCUGUCACCAAGCUGACUAAGCGCACCAAGACCAGAGAGCUGAAGAAGAACAUUCCAGGAGAUGGACGAAGGGGCAACAGCACCAUGGACGAGGAGAAGAAGGAGAUGGAGGAAGAGGAGCUGGAGAAGGACAUCAACACCAGCCUGACCAACCUGCCUCUGUUUGUGGAGAGCCCAAAAUAUCAGAACGGAUUCAUACCGUUGCCGCUACAGACCAAAGAAGAAGAAGAAGAGGAGGAGAGCAAGAAAAAACUUGAACAGAGCGAGGAGUUUCAUGUGCAGAUGGACGCCUAGACAAGAAACAUGGUUUUUAGGAGAACACAAGUGCCUUAUUUCACCUAUUGCCCCAAUGGGAAACCUGAUGUUUGAUGUUUGUCGAACUGUUCACUGUGCCCUGACAACUUGAUCAAAGAAAGAAUAAGUAAUGUAACAAGAAACCUAAAAGAAACCUUGGUCCCUACUAAUGACCAGACCACUGAAUUGUAACAAGCUGGCAAAGACUAGCAAAGUGUUAAACAACACUUAUGGAACCAUAGAAAACUACGAUGAUGAGACUGAACUUACUUCAUUAUGGAACUUUCCUUAUGGAAGACCUAGGAUUAUUCAGCUUAGUUGCAAAAUUGCAAGCAAGUUGCAGAAAGACUGUCCCUCAGA